AUGGAACCAAAUAACUCAUUACCAGAACAAAAUUUGGCGUUAGUCAAUAGUCCUUAUUCUGAACAAGCUCCUUCUAGUCCUGUUAAAGUUACUGAACCAUUUAAUCCAGUUGCUAGUAAUACUCCAUAUUCUCCUUUCCCUUCAUUUUCUCCUUACAUUCCCCAAUCAGUUCAAUUUCCACAACAACAACCACCACCUCAAUUUCCAACAACUCAAUACCCAGAUCAAACUUAUACCCCUUUACAUAGAAGAAAAAGAAAAUUUCAAAACAUUACUUAUGACAGAUUAUUGUCAGAAGAAGAUCUUUCUUCUAUGACUGUAGAAGAAUUUGAAGAUUAUGUUAAUGAAUUAAAAGAUAGAAGAACUAUUACUAAAUCUGAGAAAGCUACUUUAAAUAAAAUUAAAAGAAAAUUAAAAAAUAAAGAAAGUGCUCGUAAAAGUAGACAAAAGAGUAAAGAAGCUUUUUUAAAUCUUCAACAACAAUUAGAUGAAUUAAGAAAACAAUAUGAUGAUGUUUUAAGAAUUAAUUGUCAAUUAAUUGAAAUUGCUGAUGGAUGUGAAAGAUGUAGACAAAAAAUUCGGCAAGUUCAAAAUGCUAGAGGAGAGGCACAAGAAAAUACGACACAACAACCUCAAACUCGUGCAAUUAUUCCAGUUCAAUAUUCUGUUAAUCAAACUAUAUAA